AUGGCGACCACAUCAAAGCGAUGUGCUUCAUCGAGCAACGAAGAGUCAGUGUCAGACAGUGACAGUGACACUGAUCGUGAGCAUGAGCAAAACAAAAAUGUCUCUAAACAAGCUAAGUCUACAAAACCACAGAAACGGAAAGGUGCUGGUACAUAUAAAGUUGCUUAUAAAGCAGAAUGGGCUAAAGAAUUUCCAAUUCGAGCUGUUUCCAACUUUAAACACAAGUUCCAUUGUAUUCCGUGUGGAAAAAACAUAACAUGUCAUCACCAAGGUUUGGGUGAUGUAAAGAAGCAUUGUUGUGGAGAACUACAUACGAAAAAUGUAGCAUCGUGGAAAAAACAGAAAACUAUGAAUAUGUUUAAUUCAAACAAGCAAACCACGCUUUCACAAAAAGUUAUCAAAGCUGAAGUAACAAACUUUCUCGUUCAGCACAAUUUACCCAUAGCUACUGCGGAUCACCUUGGACCUCUUUUUAAAGAGAUAUUUCCUGAUAGCAAAAUCGCUGCAUCAUAUUCUUGUGGUAGAACCAAAACAUCAUGUAUCCUGAAUGAAGCGCUUGCCCCUCAGUGUCACAAAUACAUUAUAGAACACUACCAAACACAUCCUUAUAGUGUUGGUACGGAUGGGUCCAAUGAUACAGGGGUGGCUAAGAUGAACCCUGUAAGCAUUAGACUAUUUGAUAUUAAUCGGUCAAAAACUGUUACUAACCAUUUUUUUGACAUGUGCUUGACAAAAGGAGAAGAUGGGGCCAAAACUUAUAAAAUAUUUGAAGCUAUCGAAGAAACGUUCACCAGAGACUCAAUGCUGUGGACAAAUUGUGUUAGUCUUAGUAUUGACAAUACUAAUACAAUGAUAGGAGCCAAUAACUCUGUAGCUUCACGCUUUCUGGAAAUGAAUCCUGAACUAUUUGUUGCAGGCUGUCCAUGUCAUCUUGCACAUAUUGCUGCGAGUCAUGCCAAUGAUGCUUUUAGUGACAUUUUGGGAAUUAAUGUUGAGGACAUUUGCAUAGAUUGUUUCUAUUGGUUUAGCAAAAGUUCGAAGCGUAAAGGCAAGCUCCUUGAAUAUUUUGAACUUUGUAAUCAAGACUAUCAAGCUGUUUUAAAGCAUUUGUCUAUUCGAUGGUUAUCAUUACAGCGCUGCAUAGACAGAAUUCUUAAAAGGUAUCCUAGUUUAAAGUCAUACUUUUUAAGUGAAGAAUCUCCUGAUCAGCGAUUCCAAAGGUUAUGUGAUCGGUUUGGCAAUCCGUUGUUAGAGCCUGCCCUGCUCUUUCAAUCUGCAGCGAUUUCAUUGUUUACUCAUUUUAACCUUCUACUUCAAAGGGAUGAACCAACCGUUCAUGUUGUGCAGCCAGCAAUGGAAAGUCUAGCAAGAAAGCUUGCUAAUCGAAUUGUUCUACCACGAGUUUUGAUAGAUGUUGAUUCGGUAACCGAACUAGACCUUGAUGAUGAAAGUAUUUUUAUAAAGUCAACAUCACUAUUUCUGGGAGGCACCACUAAGUUUACACUGAACAGAUUACGCAAUGAUGGUACCAUAAAUGAUUCUGAUUACAACAAAGUACACAAUGCUGCUCAUCAUUAUUUCAAAAGUGCUUUAAAAUACAUUUUUGAUAAAUUCCCAAUUGGCAAUGAUGUGUUGUGCAAUGCUGUGUGGGUAAAUGUUCCCAAGCAUCUAGACACUACUUGGGAAAGUGUGCAGUUCUUUUUGGAAAAAUUCUCAUUGCUGACAUUGCUCCAAGGUAUCAAUCCUGACAUCCUGCAUGAGGAAUUUGUAGAUUAUCAAACAUUGCCUGAUGAUGCUAUUGGUCAAGGAGCAUGGGAAGAAGCGAAAGUUGUUGAUGGCCAAGAUGAAGAUGGCAAUGAAAUUGCUCAUCAUAGAGUAGACAUUCUCUGGUGGCAUCUAGCUCACUUGCAAGUGCCAGGAACAUCACAGAAUCGGUUCAAAAACCUGUCAAAGGUUGCAGAAAUUGUUUUAGUUAUUCCACAUAGCAAUGCUGAACAAGAGAGGCUUUUCAGCAUUGUUAGAAAGAACAAAACGGACAGUCGUUCCAACCUUAAGCUUGAUGGUACCUUAUCAAGCAUUUUAGCAAUGAAAACAACAUACCCAGAAUCAUCGACACCAUGUUAUAAAUGGAAACCUGAUGACGAGGUGCUUACAAAUUCAAAAAAAUCCACUGUGAGCUACAACAAGAAGCACAUCGGGGAUGCGCAGUAA